AUGACUUGGUAUUCAGAAAAUUUCCCCGUGAGAUCUAUAAAUCUGGCCAAGCAAAUCACGUCGAGGGGCAGCUUCCACAGCUGUCCCGAUCUGUCCACACUACAGAUAUCAUCCCUGCCGCAGCCCGCAGGCGGCGCAAGCGACGAUCCGUCCGACGGCUUUACGGAGGGGAAAAUUAUCACUGCACCACCCUCCCGCUCUCCAUCCCCCAGCACCGUCAGCCUCCGUAGCGGACCCCGAAAGCUUGUAUCGACUAGGAAGCGGGUCUCAAAGAAGGCGCGCGGCGUCCUGGGUAAGGUUCGGGCCUUCCAGAGGAUCGCUGCGGCCAAGAUGGCACAUCCCACUAUCAAGAUCGAUACCAACGUACAGGCCACUAAGCGGGCCCUCCCCGAGGAUCCCGACGAUGGCUUGGAGAUCGUGGAUGGCGCUGACAAUGACGACCCUGGUUUGGAGGUGGGCGAUAAUGAGCUGGUUCCUCCGUUCCUGUGCCAGUCCGUCUUAGAAAUUCAUCACAAAUUCGAAGAACUCGAGUGGAUACAGAGGACUCGUAUUGCGGAGGGCAUGCUGACCAACGAUCCUUCCCAUCGCUGGGCUCUGGAAGGGGAUCCCGAGGUCAAAGCAAGAAAUCGAUAUGUCAAUGUGCAGGCAUGGGCAAAUUCUCGCAUACACCUCCCAGUGCCGGACGGCGAGUGUGACUUCAUCAAUGCCUCACCGAUCAGUCUGAAGGAUUCCGUGUCUGAGGAGGAACGGAGAUAUAUUGCAACUCAGGGACCGAAGCUUGGAAAUAUUACUCACUUCUGGCAAAUGGUAUUCAACGAAACCACGGAUGUUGGCGUGAUUGUGAUGCUCACGCAGACUGUCGAAUCGGGGAGAGAAAAAUGCUCGCAAUACUUCCCUCUCGACAGCGACGCUCCUAUGCUUCUGGUGGAGGAACAAAACGACCCGUUCACCAACGACCACGAUCAAACGGAAGCCGAUGAACAUGAUAUAGGCCAGGUUUCUCUUUUAGAAACCACCUGGGAUGAGGGAUCCCGCUCUGAGGUCCGUAAGCUUCUUCUGACUCUUGGAGACGAGUCCAAGAUUGUUUGGCAUUUUCUCUUUGCUGGCUGGGCAGAUUACUCCAAACCAGAGGGUGAAGACCGUGAUGCACUUCUCCAGCUUAUCAAACUAUCAGCUUCCAAGUGCCCCCAAGAUAGCCCACGCAUUGUCCAUUGCAGUGCUGGUGUUGGUCGGACAGGCACCUUCAUUGCCCUUGACCAUCUCUUGCUAGAACUCGAGUCGGGGCAGUUGUCGCAGGUGACCGAUGAAGACACCGACCCCGUGUUCGAGACGGUGAAUCAAAUGCGUGAGCAACGGAUGAUGAUGGUCUAUAAUGAGAUGCAGCUGCAGUUUAUAUAUGAGGUUCUACGGGAGCAGACCGAUGUGAAACUAGGAAAGGCGGCCGGUACUGGUGAUCGAAAGUUGGAUGAAAGAUCCACGAAGAUGGCCAAACUAUCCAAUGAAUCCGAGUAUCUACCGUCUGCCAAACCAGAACUGGAGCCCGUUACGGACCAUCCAACGACGCCUACUAGGAGCUGGUCGGGAACACCCGAGGUUUCGGACAACGAGUAA